CAGUUGAUCCAUUCUAACUCUAUUUUCUUCUGGUGAGGUGAGAGUCGAGAGUGAUAUUUUCCCCCCUUGUUCUCUGCCUCCCCGCUUCUUACAAUCCCAUUCUUCAUGCGUAUGAAUUAUAUUCUGUGUCUGAUUGUGUGCUCUGUUGCAUUUUUGAAGAACCCAUUUAAUUCUGUGAAUGAUUGUGUGAUUGCUUUUGGGUUUUUUUGGUAGUUUAUUUUAGGUUGUCUAAGUUUUGUACCUAGGUCAUGGAUUGUGGGCAUCAUGUUUGUGGGUUGUUUUUCUGUCCCAUCUGAUGCACUGGACAGUCUGCUUGCAAUUUGCCGCAGGUAGAUCAUUGCUUUUUUCUUAGACCUGUAUCAAGUAAGUUGGUCGGUAGGUCUGCCAGGAUAGAAGGUGUUUUGAAAAUCCUUCUGGGUCUGGUUUAGGAUAAGGGUAGAGGUUGCUUUUUGAAGACCUCUCCUGCACUCAGACAGAGUGCUUAGUUCAGUUUUUCUGUUGGCUAGUUAUAAAUUUUUGUUUCCUCUGGUAGAUAAGUCUAGAUCUAGGUGACUUUCUGCAUUUGUGUUUAGAUCUUGAGGUUUUUUUGUUCUGCAUUUGUUUGCUUGGAUUCUCUAGUUUCUGGUGCACAAUAUAGGAGAGAAAGAGAGAUACUCUGUUUUGUUAGAAAUGGCAGGAGCUACCCAGAGCGAGUUUCCAUCUCAUGUUCCAAGCAUGAAAGGUCGGGCUUUUUUAGAUCCUCUGAGUGAGGAACUCAUGAAGGCCCUAGAACCCUAUGCGGAAAUUGGACUGAGGAGCUCGAGGGCAGAAUUAGCACGGAACGAUGAGCCUGCGGGUAUGUCUUUGUCUGACUCAUCAUGCCUAGAGCAAGAUCAGACGAUGAUGUUCCAGUCCAGGAUUCCGGACGUCUGUGCUAAUUCUGUUCGAAGGGUGUCAGAUUCCGGUUCUGAAUUUUCAGUGAGUGGAAACGAUAAUGCUGGAGAUUUGGCCUGGUGCCCGAGUUUUGAAGGGUUACCAGGCACUAGUAGUAGUAAUCAACAGCAAUAUAUAGAUGUGGGUUUGCAGUCCAUGCCUGGAACUCAACUGGGUUGGGCUUCUUCUCCGACAGAUUUUUCCUUUCAAAAUGAACAACCGUUGGGCAUUGCAGAAAUAUUUGAGCAGAUUCAGGCCAACUUACAGAGAAAGCAGCAGAUGGAAAGUUUGCAAUUGCAGUUAGUUAUGGCGCAGCAGCAGCAGCAACUGUUGGGGUUGUCCAAUUAUCAUAAGCAACAGUUGAGAAAUCAUCAGGCUCUGGCCCCUAGAGGGCAACCAAUGAAAGUAUCUGACAGGAGUGGAAUAUCCAAGCCUGGGAAGCUGUACAGAGGGGUAAGACAGAGGCAUUGGGGAAAGUGGGUAGCGGAGAUAAGGCUGCCUCGGAAUAGAACCAGGCUGUGGCUUGGCACUUUUGAUACUGCAGAAGAAGCUGCAUUUGCAUAUGACAGAGCAGCCUACAACCUGAGAGGGGAGUAUGCUAGGCUCAAUUUCCCAGAUUUGAGGCAUGUUUUGACUGCCAAUUGGGGAGAUGGGUCUUCAAAUUGGAAUGCUCUGUCUCUGUUGCACUCUUCUGUAGAUGCCAAGGUCCAAGCUAUUCGCCAGCGCCUCUCUCAACAGAACCAGAAUCAGCAUGAAGGUGAAGGCCCUGCAGCUAGCAAUAUCUCCUCAGUAACAGACGUGGCAUCAUCGCCCUGUAAAAAUGAGGCCGAUUCUAUGCCGUUGCAGAGUGCCCCUUCCUUUUCAAUCUUCAAUGAUCUGGAUGAUUGCCUCACCAAAAUGCCUUCUUUGGAUCCACAAGUCAUACAGGACGUCAUGGCCUCUUGAUUCUUGUUUUACAGGUUUUUCAGUAUGCUACCAUAACCAACGAUGCACGUUUUGUAGUUGCAUUGAAGGUUUACAUAUAUUUGUAGAGCAAUAGUAUGCUCAGCAAUUAGCAGAUUGUAGGUUUAUGUAGAGCAGAAUAAUUGCAGCUCUAAAUCUGAAAGAGUUGCCACGCAAGUUUUUAAGCGCAUGCACUUGUACAUGCUACAAAUAUUCAUGUGGAAAGAUGAGGGGACCCACGCGCAAUUUGCAGUGUUAGAAGACAGAGUUGGGACCUCAUACUCAAAUCAGAGAUAUGAUACUGAUGCUCUCUGGAAGCUUCAGAUUUUACACAAUCAAUUUUGUUGUUAUCCCACUAUACCAAAUUACAUAUUUUCUGAAAUGGUAACGUACGAUUCUGUCUCUCUCAAUUGUCCGGAUAGACAAACGAAUUAAUCAAUAUUAGACUACAAAUUUUAUUCUUCUUA